AUGAGCACGAUCUCUACAGUGCUGCACCGCUUGCUAGCGUCAAACGUACGCCGCCAGGGAGGAGUCGGUUUCCGCACGCCCUACGACCUCGUCGAGGUGCGCAUGAGGCGAAACAGGCACAACCUGCUGCUGCCGCUCAUGAACUCGAAGCACUAUCGGCGGCAUCGCCAACACCACCACAACCAUCACAGGCGCGCCAACGCGCCCAAUACCUCGGACUGCGAGGACAACAGCAGCGGAGGCGAGGAGGAGUUCUCACAGUCGAUUUGCCGGAGGCUGCUCUCGAGUACGAUGCCGCAGGAUAACUCGAAACUGUACGCCACGCUCGAACGGCUCUACCAGGAGGUUGACAAGUUGAAAAGAGUAGAGCCAAAGCCAGCAGAGAUCCUCCUGCCACCACCGAACGGCGGAGUAGCGGGUGGCGACCUGGACUGCAUACUGUGCUGCCGGUUGCUCUGGAAGCCGGUAACUACGCCGUGCGGGCACACUUACUGCUGGAUGUGCCUGGACAGGUGCCUCGAUUACUCAUCGGCCUGUCCGCUCUGCGUCACCUCCCUCGCCGACUAUCUCGCGAGCAGCCAGAAGACCGUCACGGAGUUCGUCGAGCGGGCGCUCAAGUUCGCCGCGCCCAAGGAGUACGCGGCCCGGGCCUUGGGCUACCGGCACGAGCUCGUCCAGCACGAGGUGAUCGGUGGGGAAACGACGACCACCAGUGAGCGUAUCGCCGUGUUUGUCUGCACUACCGCUUUUCCCUGCGUCGCGUGUCCCCUCUUUGUCUACGAGCCCAGGUACAGGCUGAUGGUGCGCAGGUGCCUCGACACCGGGGUCAAGCAAUUCGGCAUCGCGGCUUGUUUGAACCGAGAGGCCACGGGGACCAAGAGGUACGCGGAGUACGGCACGGUGCUGGAGAUAAGGGAUCGAGUCCUGCUGAAGGACGGCUGCAGUAUACUGAGUACCCUGGGAGCGCGGAGGUUUCGAGUGUUGGCGGGCGGCGAGCGGGACGGCUACGACACGGCCCAGGUCGAGUACCUGCGCGACACGCCCAUUCCGGCAGAUCAGCUGCUGAGCGUCGCCGAGUUGCACAACAAGGUUCGAGCCAAGAGCCGGAGGUGGUGGGUGACGGUGCCGCAGUCCCAGCGCUCGGAGAUUAGGCGGGUGUUUGGAGAGAUGCCCGAGGCGGAGGACGACUGGCAGCGGCUGGCCGACGGGCCCGCCUGGGCCUGGUGGCUCCUGGCCAUUCUCCCGCUCAGUCCGCAGCUGCAGGUCGGCAUACUGGGCACCGCGAGCCUGGAGAAGCGGCUGCGGGCCAUCGAGAAAACCCUCGACCACAUGGAGCAGCGCCAACUGAUGAGCAGCAGCCUCGCGCCCACGGAGGACACGACAACCACGAGUGGCAGUAGCAGCAUAUGCAGGGAGAGCUCGGGUCGGGAGCCCGAGGAGGAUAGCGCGGCAGUGGCGUCUGGAUCGAUCGGGAGGCCCGCUGUAGCUGUGCACUCGGUGGUUCAGCGCUCGUAGGGCCGAGCCAAGGCUGCGGGAAUUUCGUGCUCCGAGGUGUUUCGGGGGACACUGGUGUGUGGCGAGGACAUUGUUAUUAUGUAGUUAUUGUGAAACUUCAAGUCUGACACGAGCUGGGGCUAUAGAAGGGAUCCAAUUCGAAGUGAGACUGCCCUUCUCUUGCGA